UCUUUAUGAAAGAGAGGAGAAAGCUUAAGAGGAGGCACUCCUGUCUGUCUCUUGGCUCUGCGCUCAGUUCUUGGAAAAUCCGCGGAGUUUAGCAAUCCACAGAGUUGACCAUGAAGUUGUACGUAAUGAAGUCUUUCUGCGUCUUAGUAUCAUUUUUAUUCCUCUGUGCUGUUGCAGAUCUUCAGGCACCUGUAGUCCACACGGGGCUUGGGAGCCUGAAAGGUGAGUAUGUGAGUGUGAAAGGGAAGGAGACUGGUGUCCAUGCCUACUUGGGUGUCCCAUUUGCCAAACCACCCCUCGGCCCUUCCUUGAGACUGACUCCACCUCAGCCUGUAGAAGGAUGGGAAGGAGUAAGAGAUGCCACUAAGCAGCCACCAAUGUGCGUUCAGUCUAAAGAAGUUCUUUUGGAUGUGGUUGAUAAACUCGGUAAACUGCUGGCGGAUAUACCAGACAUCUCUGAAGACUGUCUUUACCUCAACAUUUACACUCCUGCAAACAGAGCUAAUGAUGCCAAGCUACCAGUCAUGGUCUGGAUCCAUGGUGGGGGCUUUGCGCUGGGAUCAGCUUCAAUAUAUGAUGGCUCUGCCCUGGCUGCUUACCAGGACGUGGUUGUGGUUCUGAUCCAGUAUCGCUUGGGACUUCUGGGUUUUCUCAGCACUGGAGAUGAGCACAUUUCAGGGAACUUUGGCCUGCUGGACCAGGUUGAAGCUCUCAAGUGGAUCCAGCAGCACAUUCACAACUUUGGAGGAGACCCAGGAUUAGUUACCAUAUUUGGAGAGUCUGCUGGUGGAGUGAGCGUGUCUCUUCUGCUCCUGUCACCACUGUCUGAUGGGCUGUUUCACCGUGCCAUUGCUGAGAGUGGCACAGCUGCAAUGAAUGCAUUUAUGGCAAAUGAUCCUCUACCAAUGGCGCAGGCAGUUGCAAACGCAUCUGGCUGCAGCCUUGAAAGCACAAAGAAGAUCAGUGACUGCAUGAGAAACCUUGACAUCGAUACUAUAGUGGGUUUUACACAGGAUACAACAUUAAGAUUUCAAGUAAAUGUUGAUGGACAUUUCCUGACUAAACCUGUGGAUGAGCUGUUUCGUAAACAUGAACUCCGUACUGUUCCAUUCAUGACUGGUGUCAACAAUGAUGAAGGUGGAUGGAUGCUUGCAUCAUUUUUUGCUCCACAAAACUGGACAGAAGGACUAGAUCGGGAGUUUGUUUUGAACACGGUGUCCCUCUUCUACCCCGACCCUAAAGCAGCAUUUAUCAGAGAUGUGAUAGCUGACGAAUAUAUUGGAAAUGGUGAUGACCGUGUGAAAAACAGAGAUGGGUACACUGAGAUGCUAGGAGAUUUGUUUUUCACCAUUCCAGCGAUUAAAGCUGCUAAUGCUCACAGAGAUGCAGGUGCUCCUGUAUACCUGUAUGAGUACCAACAUCCUCCCAAAUUCCUGCAGCAGAAAAGGCCGAGUUUUGUUGGGACUGACCAUGCAGAUGAAAUGGUUACAGUUUUGGGAUUUUGCUUCACAACUAACCAAGUUAGGUUAUCCGAUCCGUGCCCUGAGGAUGAGGAACAGUUGAGCAAGAUCAUGAUGAGCUACUGGGGGAACUUUGCUCGCACAGGAUCUCCUGAUGGGCACAACCUUGCCCACUGGCCAAAGUAUGGAGCAGAAGAAAAGUACCUGUCGAUUGGUUUGAAAAAGCAGGUAACUGCUCAGCACCUGAAGAAGGAGCGGUUUGUCUUCCUGACUCAGACCGUCCCAGAGAAGAUCCAACAGCAUGAGGAAAAUGCAGAACGCAGCGAGCUGUAGAAAGCUCACAUCUGGGCUCUGCUCCAUCAGUUUUAAAGUAUUAGACUAAACCAGGGGUAGGCAACUCCAGGCCUCAAGUGCUGAUGUCCUGCAGGUUUUAGAUGUGUCCUUGAUCCAACACACCAAAUGACCUUCUCAACAUGUCUUGAAGUUCUCCAGAGGCCUGGUAAUGAACUAAUGAUUUGAUUUAGGUGUAUUGACCCAGGAUGACAUCUAAAACCUGCAGGACACCAGCCCUUGAGGCCUGGAGUUGCCUACCCCUGGACUAAACCAUAAUUCUCUUAUCAGAAGGUCUUGUGAGGAUCAUCCAUAUUCUAAUAUAAAAUGAUUUUUUUUGUUUUGUUUAUUUUAAUUGAAUCCAGGGUAUCAGGGUAUUUUAAAUCUAGUACUGUAAACAUAGGUUUUGUAAAACAUUUAUAAAAUAAAGAGAUUUGACAAACCAA